AUGCUCUGGCUGGAGACAGAGAUGCCGCAAUCGUCCUGUCAAUCUGCGAAGACGAUGGACAAGACCAUGAGGCGCAUCUUGCCCACUGGCGAACCUCUUGGUGAUACACUCACUCUCAGGAUAUUCGUUUCCAGGGACGGCAAAUGUGCCACACGUAGAAAGUUCCUCGGCCAAUGCUUAUAUCUGAAGCUUAAAGUCAUGGUCGAAGGCAGAGAUGUCAGGGUCAAACUGUGGAGGCUGCCUGGGAACGACAAUCCAUACAGCGUUGAAGGGGCAUGGAAUGCGUCGUCUGCAACAGGCUUGACCCAGAGCGAGACCUGUGAACUCGGGAUCUUUGACUCGCAGUAUCCGCAGCCAUCCACCAACAAGAACUUUGAAGGAUACACCGAUUCCAACGAACCUGACAGUGCUGGGCAAAAGCUGGACAUCAAUCAGCAGCACCUUCACCGACACGACCUCAUCAAGCACGUCACUUUGAAGCUCCAUCCUUCGUGCAGAAUCGUGCGCAUAAUCUCAAAAUCGACCGAGCGCGAGCGGAAACUAUCGUCCGGAAUGCGACUGAGCUUUAUAUGGUUUCGGAAGACGCUGUGCGGUUUCGCGGGCGGCUCGAUAUGGRACUAG